AUGGAAGAUAAUGAUACUGAUAAACAACGACAAGAGCGACAGCACGAAGGGCAGCAGCAAAUAUAUGGUGAGGAGAAGAAUUUCACGGGUGGUGGUUGUUUUAUUAUACCUUGUCAAGAAGCGUCAAGUCAUUUGUUAACAAAUGAUAUAAGAAAUGAAAUAUCUAUAACCGUUCUUCCAUCAUCAUCCUCAUCAUCAUCCUUCUCCUCGUCCUCAUCAUCAUCAUCAUUAUCACCGUCACCAUCUCUAUCAUCAUCAUCAUCGUCAUCAUCAUUGUUAUCAGUGAAUAUAAAUCAAGAAUAUAUAAAAUUGCUAUCAUCGCCUGUUAAUUAUUUGUCAAAGAUUAGCACUUGUCAACAGUUUCGGCAACAUAAUCCACUGAAUGUUAAAAAAAUUUCAAAUACAAAUGAAGCAGAUCAUUUACCUUAUCAUGCAGCAUCAUCACAUGCUACGCUUACAGAUAAGGAUAGUAGAAAUUUACUUAAAUCAUCAUCAUCAUCCUCUGUUAUUCCAUCUGCAUUAACGAAUCAAGUAUCUUUAUUAUCGACGCGAAGUGAUAAAUCGGAAAUGAACGAAAUAAUUUGUUGUAUAAGUCGUGAAGUACAUCCUACUGAAUCAGUUGUAGUAAUAGAUCGAGAUUAUGAUGAAGAAGAUCAAGAUGAGGAGCAAUUACUAUUGCCGAGUCCGGCGAUGCUUAAUGAUAUGAUGUCGAAAAUUCAAAGUAGGUUUUUUUAA